GCGUAGGGUGGCUAACAUGUCACAAACUCUUCUGCGUAGAUCCUCCCACCGGGUUGAUAGCUGAUGUGGAAACUCUGAGGCUUGGGACGACAGCUGCUGGAAGACAUUACGUGGAGUCCGAGGUCGUGAACGCUCAUUGAGAUAUCCAGAGCUUGGAAUCCACAUUGAUGGUCUUGCAGAGAGGUAUAUUUAGGGCGAGGGUGCAAUAUUCAGAAGACUAGUACCACUGCCAGCUUCGUAAGACAUGAACAAUAAGGCUCAGAGGUUUAUGAUUGCAACUGUGAUCUUUGUAUUGACGACUCUGCUGAUCGUCUACAGCUCUACCAGUGGCAACAGUUCUUUUUACCUCAAGGAGGACGUUGGCUACAAGUUCAUAGCCCGACAGUCAUCAAACCUGAAGGAGUGGAACGUACAGGAUGGAUACAUUCCAGUCAUUGGGAACAAGACACUGAAACUUCACUGCAGUCAAUGUGCACUGAUCUCAAGUUCCAGUCAGACAUUGGGCACUUCCCUAGGGUCCGAGAUUGACCAGACUGAGUGCAUCAUCCGGAUGAACGAUGCUCCUAUAACGGGGUAUGAGGAGGACAUUGGGAACAGGACCACCUUGAGGGUCGUGGCCCAUUCCAGUAUCUCCCAGUUCCUGAAGAGACGCAAGGAGUUUCUCCAAAGAGGACAGGAGACCAUCUUCAUUUUCUGGGGGCCGUACAGCAGAAUGCGACGAGACGGAAAAAGCAACGUCUUUAGAAUUAUCAAACAAGAGAUUGCCAUCGGCGCCAACAUGUCCGUGUUUACCGUCUCUCCCAAGAGGAUGAAGCAAUUCGACGACUUGUUUCAGAUGGAGACUGGACAGGACAGAAAGCAGUCCCAUUCCUGGCUGAGCACAGGCUGGUUCACUAUGGUGAUCGCUGUGGGCAUCUGUGACUCUCUCCACGUGUAUGGAAUGAUUCCUUACAAUCACUGUAGAAAGCCUCACCACAAGAACUUGCCUUAUCACUACUACAACACAAAAUCUAAUGACGAGUGCGCGACGUACCUGACACACGAACACGCCAGAAUGGGGAACCACCACCGCUUCAUCACAGAGAAGCACGUGUUCGCUCGAUGGGCCGAGCACUACAACAUCACCUUUUCUCACCCGAGCUGGUGA